AAACACUACGGUCGAAAAUCGAAAAGUGUGAUCAAAUUAAAGAUGGCAUCGGCUAUGGAUAUCGACGAUGAAGAGAUUGAUUUGCCAACUUCUAGUAGUGGAAAAGGGGAGAAAAAGCGUUUCGAAGUGAAAAAGUGGAAUGCUGUGGCUUUAUGGGCGUGGGAUAUCGUCGUCGAUAAUUGUGCGAUUUGUCGAAACCACAUAAUGGAUCUAUGCAUCGAAUGUCAGGCGAAUCAAGCAUCUGCUACUAGCGAGGAAUGUACGGUCGCCUGGGGUGUUUGUAAUCAUGCAUUCCAUUUCCAUUGCAUCUCUCGUUGGCUGAAGACGCGUCAAGUUUGCCCAUUGGACAACCGUGAAUGGGAGUUCCAAAAGUAUGGCCACUAAAGGGAUGCUCGCAGCUGCCGCGAACAACGGAGCCUCCAAAAAUUCCCAGCCCUACCCCCGUGUAACAAAAUCAAUCUCGAUGAAAUUUCUGACAAAAUUCUUCUCUAUCACUACCCCAAAUUAGCAAUUACUCUUAGCAUGUAAUAUUACCACAAGAUAUGCAGUGUAAUAAUUAUUUUCAUUCAGGAAAGUUCUAAGUAUUUUCUGAUUCUUGCAUAAAUUCAAUCGUCGUCUUACUGCGUUUUGUGGUAUAAAAGUAUAAAAAUGCCUAAGCUUUUUUAUACUCUGCGUCGUAAAAGCCUUGGCUUUCUCUCAACUAUAAGUCAUGUUUAGGAAUAACGGUGCGAUUGAUGAUCGUACAAUUAACAGUUAUGAAACUUGAAUAAAUUUAAAUUAUAAAUUAUGAA